AUGACACAGCUGCUCCUGCUUAUUGUGGCUCUCCUGGUCCUGGGUCAUGUGCCGCCAGGGAGAAGUGAAUUCAAAAGAUGCUGGAUGGGCCAAGGGGCCUGCCGGCCUUACUGCACGAAGUACGAAACCUACAUGCACCUGUGCCCGGAUGCCUCCCUCUGCUGUCUCGCCUAUGGAAUCAAGCCUGUGGCGGCCUCCAAGACUUAA